AUGUUCGCGAUUCAAACAUUUGUUUUUGACAACCACAUUGACGAAAAGAAAGGCAAACAAGUUGAACAACCAGAACCCAAACCUGCUCCAGAAGAGAAAGCGAAACCAGUCGAGGAGCAAAAAGCCAAAAAACCUGAAGAAGCACAGCCAAAACAGGCUCCAGAAGAGAAAGCGAAACAAGUCGAGGAGCAAAAAGCCAAGAAACCUGAAGAAGUACAACCAAAACAGGCUCCUGAAGAAAAGGCGAAGCCAGUCGAAGAAAAGAAAGGCAAAAAGGUGGAACAACCAGAACCGAAACCUGCUCCAGAAGAGAAAGUGAAACCAGCCGAGGAACAAAAAGCCAAAAAACCUGAAGAAGCGCAACCAAAACAGGUUCCUGAAGAAAAGGCGAAGCCAGUUGAAGAAAAGAAAGGCAAAAAAGUGGAACAACCAGAACCGAAACCUGCUCCAGUGCAAGUAAAAGUCGCCGAAGAAGAAAAAGUCAAACAACCUGAGCAAACACUGGCCAAACCAGUGCCUGAAGAAAAACCUAAGGCGGUCGACGAACAGAAAGGUAAGAAAUCUGAACAGGUACAAGCGAAGCCUGCCCCUGAAGACAAGCCCAAGACUGUCGAAGAGAAGAAAGGCAAGAAAACUGAAGCACUACAGACAAAAACGGUUCCGGAAGAGAAAUUGAAGCCAGUGGAAGAAAAGAAAGUGAAGUCUACUGAAGAGAAGAUAACAGUUGUUCCUGAGGUUUCCGUUGAGAAGAAGGAGGAGACAAAGGUUGUUGAAAAAGCAGCACUUGCUGAAGAGCAAAAAGAUAAACCAGGUGUGCAACAAAUAAAGAUAGAGUCGGCUGUCAGUAAACCUGGAUCAGCUGUUGAAGCUAGUGCACUAGUGAGAGACACGGAGAAAAAGGAAAAAAUUGAGACAGUUGCUCCAGCCACUGUUUCUGUUGCCCAGCAGAAAACAAAACCUAUUGAAGAGAAGAAGUCCGAAGCAGGAAAAGCUCCUGUCCAGAAGAAAGAAGGAUUAGCUGCUGUUGAAACACAGAAGCAACCAGAAGAUGUUGAGAAGAAGUCAUCUAUUGAAAUGGUAAGUGCUGAAUUACCAGUCGUUGUAGCGGAACAUGAUUAUCUUCGACCAAACUUGACCCUUCGUCUAAAACCAACGAUGGCUGUAACUGAAGGUGACAAACUGAAACUUGAAGUUCGUUUUAUUGCUCAACCAGAACCAACAGUGACAUGGUAUUUCAAAACUGGCGUACUUAAACCCUCUGCUAAUAUACAUAUUGAUCAAUUACGUGAUGUUCAUAUGUUUUGUUCAAUAUUAACUAUUGAUAAAGUUAAUAAUGAUUUUGACGGUAAAUUCAAAGUAGUGCUCAAAAAUCAAUUGGGUGAAGCUAUGAGUGCUACACAAGUAAACGUCAAACGAUCAACUGCGGCUGCGCAACUUCAAGCCCCACCAAAGAAAACAAGCACGUCUGAAGCUCCAUCACUUUCACCCAAUGAAGUAUCAUUAACGACGACAAGUAGUAGUGAAGGUGAAGCAAUGUUGAGCGAGCCAACCAGUACUACUGAAGAACGUCGUACAAGUACAUUAGUUGUUCCUGAAGGCAAACCAGCCUUUACUCAACCACUUGAGAGUGAGUUAUUAGUCAAUGAAGAUGAACAACUCACUCUCGAAUGUACUAUUACUGGUAAUCCAUUACCACAAUUAAAUUGGUUAUUUAAUGAUCGAAAAGUAAUUAUUGGUAAUGAUUAUCAAACAAAAAGUGAAACAUUAAAUCCGCAUACUGUUCGUCAUCAAUUAAUAAUUAGUCCUAAACAUAAAAAACUUGGUACUUAUAAAGCUCAAGCGCAAAAUAAAUAUGGUCAUACAAUAUGUUCUUGUUCAGUUAAAAAAUCUUCUCAAAUACUUGAUCGACAAAAGAGAGCUGCAUUUCAAGAAGCUGAAUUACAAUUAUCGGCACCACCUAUUCAACGACGUCGUUCAAGUGUCACAGCACCAGCUAAUAUUGAACAAGGACAAAAACCAAUUAUUGUUCAAGGUCUUUCAAUAUUACAAAUUGAUUUAGGUUCACCAUGUGCAUUAACAUGUAAAUCAAAAUAUGAUACUGAACAGCAAUGGUUUAAAGAUGGUCAACCAAUUCUUACUGCUAAAUCAAGUGAUGAUAAUAUAUUUAGAAAAACAGAUCGUUCAAAUGAUGGUAAUUUACAUGUACUAAAUAUAAAAAAAUUUCAACAAGAAAAUAUUGGAAGUUAUGAAUUAAUUCUUAAAAAUAAUCUUGGAGAAAUAAAUUCACAAGGACGUUUAGAAAUGAAAGGAAUACCACCAACAUUUGUUCUUGAACCUAAAACAAUAGCAGUUGUCAAAGGAAAAAUGGCAGAAUUUAAUUGUCGUGUUGCAGGAAGUCCAAAACCAGAAAUUCAAUGGUUUCUUAAUGAUAAACUUUUACAGUCAGGUGGUAAAAUAUCCAUUGUUGAAGAACGUGGUUUAUUUAUUCUUCGUAUUAAUAAUAUAACUGAUGCUGAUACUGGUACAAUAAAAUGUCUUGUUAAAAAUGCUUUAGCAGAAAUUCAACGUGAAGUACAAUUACAAAUAACUGGUGAACAACGUUUACCAAAAAUUAUUGAGAAAUCACAAUCAAAGGAAGUUAAUGCUGAUGAAAGUGUUGAAUUUUUUGUUAAAGUUUCGGGUGCACCAACACCAAAAGGUAUUUUAUUUUUAACUUUUGUUUAA